AGAUCGGGGUCGGGGAGGCCGGAGACAAGCCCAGGGAGCCGGGAUCGGCCGCAACCAGCUCUGGCACAGGAAGGGAGGCAGUGAGGUAUACCCGAGUCGGAGCUUGGGGGCUCGGCUACAGACCCCGCAGCUCUCGGAUCCGAGCCGGGCGUGGACGUCCCGACCGCCAUGGCCUCGCCGUUCCUGCCCGCCGGAGCCGCCACGGGCUGUGACAGCGGCGGGGAACUGAGCUCGGGGGACGAAUCCGGAGAGGCGGAGUUCCUGGGGCACCCCGAAACCAGGGCACCCCGGAAUCUAGCCGAGCUGUUCGACAAAGCCGCGGCGCACGUCCAGGGCCUGGUGCAGGUGGCCAGCAGGGAGCAGCUUCUGUACCUGUACGCCAGGUACAAGCAGGUCAAAGUUGGAAACUGUAAUAGUCCUAAACCAGGCUUCUUUGAUUUUGAAGGGAAGCAAAAAUGGGAGGCGUGGAAGGCCCUGGGGGACUCAUGUCCCACCCAAGCCAUGCAGGAGUACAUCGCCAUGGUGCGGAAGCUUGACCCAGCUUGGGACCCUCAGUCACCAGAGAAGAAAGGACAAGAAGCAAAAACAGGUUUUGGUGGGCCAGUCGUUAGUUCUCUGUAUCACGAAGAAAUCAUCAGGGAAGAAGACAAAAACAUAUUUGAUUACUGCAGGGAAAACAACAUUGAUCUGGUAACCAAGGCCAUCAAAUCGCAAAGUGUGGAUGUGAAUAUGAAAGACGAAGAGGGCAGAGCAUUGCUCCACUGGGCCUGCGAUCGAGGCCACAAGGAACUCGUCACAGUCUUAUUACACCACAGAGCUGAUAUUAAGUGCCAGGAUAAUGAAGGCCAGACAGCGCUGCACUAUGCUGCAGCCUGUGAGUUCCCGGACAUUGUGGAGCUGCUACUCCAGGCAGGUGCAGACCCUGCAGUGCGGGACCAGGAGGGUUGCCUUCCCGUGGAGGUGACGGGCUGCAAGGCUGUGUGUGCACUGCUGCAGAAGCACCAGGUACCCGGCUCCGGCUAAUACCACAGCAAGCGUGCUGUGUGACGUGCUUAAAUCACAUGAGGCAGGGCUGGCCUGCGCGCCAGGGUGAAGACUCGCCCCCUGCCACCGCCUCUGGCCCUGACUGGCUAAUAAAUGCUCCUGGUUUACAACAU